AUGAAGAUCUCCCUAGCACAAUUCGCCAUCUUUGGUCUCCUUGCAGUCUCGUCGGCUGCAGCUGGGCCCCUGGCAAAACGCAAUGGGACGUAUACCCAGAAUCAAAGAAAGUCAUGGAACGCUCUCACCGACUGUGAGAAGACCUCUUACAUCGAGGCUGAGCUCUGCCUCAUGAGUCGACCCCCACGUGCGGGGGUUGCAGGGGCUCAAAACCUUUGGGACGAACUGCACUACACCCACAUUUAUCAGGGCAACUACAUCCAUUACGUGGGCCAUUUUCUGCCUUGGCAUCGGUAUUUCGUCCGUGCUCAUGAGAUGCUUCUGCAAACCGAGUGCAACUACACCAGUGCCCACCCAUACUGGGAUGAGCUUACUGAUCUGGAGACCGCCCCGCUCAACCAGUCGUCCAUCUUCGACCCUGUGUACGGAUUUGGAGGUGAUGGUCAAGGAGAAGACGGGUGCAUUGCCGACGGACUCUUCACAAACCUUACUCUGCACAUGAAAACCGCCAGCAGCAACAACACCUACUGCCUCCAGCGCAAGCUCAACCAGGGCGAUCUUGACACAGCAAGCAGCGACAACCUUGUUAAAUGCUUCAACAAAACGUCGUAUGAUGAGGCAUGGCAAUGCUACAACGGCUCUCCUCACGGCGCUGGACACGGCGCAGUCGGUGGACUGAUGAGCGACCCUAUCGAGAGCAACGGAGACCCGCUCUUCUACCUCCACCACGCUUACUUGGACCGCGUGUGGUGGCAGUGGCAGGAGGCCAACUUGACCGCCCGUUUGACCGACAUCAGUGGCCAGAAUACUCCCGAUCAGUCGAUUCUAGACAUGGCUAGCCUUUCUGCCCCCGGCAGUGAGCUCACGGACUACAAUGGUGAUAAUGGCAAUGUCACAACGCUCGACCACGUCCUCUUCAUCCAGAACCUGGUUCCUAAUGUCACCAUUGCUGACAUCAUGGACAUCAGGGGCGAUGUUAUUUGCGCUGAGUGUGUCAACUAG